AUAAGGCCCGCCCCUUACCGAGGGAACGGACCAAUCAGAGACGGGCACGAGCUUUGGGCCAAUUGGAACACGGUUAGAGCUCUAGUGCGUUCUAAGACUGCCUUUUGGAAGCCACACCUUUUCCCCCUUCCGCCAGCAUCACGUGAUCCGUCAAGGAGCGUUGUGCUGGUUGCGAGUUCUACCACGUGGGAUGGGAAAGGCUAGAUGGAGGCUGGCAGGGUGACGCCAUUUCCUCCUGGGGAGGAGCUUGUGCAAAUUCCUAGGUUCCAUUACCUAGUGGAUCGGUCUAUACCAACUUAGUCGGCCUUUGGUCGCUGAGCUGCUGCGACUCUCGUACUUCCCGGCUGAUUCCGUGACCCUGCCUACCACUAGGCGGGUCCCCACCCACGUGUCUUUUUUUUUUUAACCUCUUGACCCUAGCUCUUAAAGUCAACUGAAGGUUUCAAACUCAGGCCCGGACUGCGAAUGUAAGCAAGUCGCAUCCUUUAGACACCUCCCAACAGAUCUGAACCUCCUUAUUACAGAGGUCUCAAUGUGCAGGCCUGAAUAUCUCUCAUCCAGUUCUUUUAAAAACUGAACAUCUCCAUCCUUGAGAGAUUUGGGAGGACCCUCUUUCUCAUUCUUCCUGUAGACCCCAAAUGACUUCUCCAUGCUCUGUCCCCCUAAAACCCACAAUCCCCGCAAUAAUUCAUGAGACCCAAGACACCAACAUCCCACCUCUUUUACCCCCAGAUUCCCCGGACUUAGCUUUACCACCCCCUCCUUGUAGUCUCCGUGCUUCUGUUCCACCCCCUCCCCCACUCCCUCCUCCACCGCCUCCUCCACUCCCUUCCCCUCCACCCUCUGCUGUGGAGGCUGUUCUCCCUCAUGUCUAUGGCCUGAAGAACAGCCAGCUCCUGAAGGAGGCCUUGGAGAAGGCUGGCCCAGCCCCCAAAGGCAAAGAUGACAUCAAGAGACUCCUGAAGCUUCACAAGGACCGGUUUCGGAGUGACCUUCAGUGGAUCCUCUUCUGUGCUGACCUGCCAUCGCUCAUCCAGGACGGCCCUCAGUGUGGACUGGUGGCCUUGUGGAUGGCAGGAGCUCUUCUGUCAACACCCAACAGAGUCUCUCUGGAAAGACUAGUGCAGGUGGCCAAGGAGAGAGGCUACACGGCACAGGGAGAAAUGUUUUCUGUGGCUGACAUGGCCAAACUGGCCCAGGAGACUUUGGGCUGCCAGGCCGAGCUCCUGUGUGGGGGACUGGGUGGUCCCAACAGAGAUGGAGUUCUACAGCACCUCAUCACUGGACAUCCCCUGCUCAUCCCCUAUGACGAGGAUUUCAACCAUGAGCCGUGUCAAAAGAAAGGCCAUAAGGCCCAUUGGGCAGUGAGUGCAGGGGUCCUGAUAGGUGUGCAGAAUGUGCCAAGCCCUGGCUACAUUGAAGACUCUGAGUUGCCAGGCCUCUUCCAUCCAGUGCCUGGUGCACCCCACCAACCACCAUCCUUCCCAGAAGAGAGCUCCCCAGGUGCCAUCUUCCUUCUCUCCAAGCAGGGCAAGAGUUGGCAUUACCAGCUGUGGGACUACAGCCAAGUCCGGGACAGCAACCUGCAGCUGACCGACUUCUCACCCGCAAGGGCUGCCGAUGGACGGGUGUACGUGGUACCUGCUGGUGGGGUAAAGGCUGGCCUCUGUGGCCAGGCCCUGCUGCUCAGCCCACAGGAGGGAAGCCAUCAGCUGGGGCUGGGACACCUGCCUCAACUAAAUCCAGCACAUUAGACUGCUUCAGCUUUGUUCCGAUGUGACAUUCUCAGUCCUCUUAGUUCCAUUUGAUGAUAGUGAGCCUCUUGAAGACUGCCUGCCCAGAAGUCUUUCACUAGGUCACCCCAUCUAUGGAGUCACAAGCGUGACCACUGUCCAAAGUCUAAUUACCUCCAGGAUCAAGCAUUCCUUUGGCGAAGGGAGACUUGUUUUUGUGGAGGAUUUUUGUUUUCACAGCAUGAGCUCUGCCUUGGGGGUGGAAGCACAAAGGUCUAACCCAGUGCUCAGACGGCACAGCACAGGUUCUCAACUGGGUCAUGCAGCUGACUGUUUUUUUUUU